AUGAGCAAACCACUGCAAUUCUUGACCUUGGCGUCCUGGAAGAUUUGUGAUCUAGUCAACUCCAACGUCCAUCAAAUUUCGCGGGAAUGCCUUUGGAUCCUCAGCAACAUCGCUGCCGGCACUUCAGAACAUGUCACUCGCCUUUUCUCAGUUGAUGGAAUGGCACAAAGCGUUUUUCAACUUGCCUACGAUCAGAGUCCAAGAAAGCGAAAAGUUGGUUUCAAGUCUUUUUAA